GCUCCGUGCAGCCCAACGAGGAAGUGCCUGCAAACUGUUUUGCUGGGUCUCCGGGCUGCUGUUGGCUUCUGCCACACACAGCCCCCAUUAGCCAGCACAGGGUGAAGCUCGGCGGCUGGCCCGGGUAUCUGAGACUCCAUGUCCGCUGGCCUUAAGUUGGAUCUGCGGAUGGAAGACAGGAUGUUUAUCUUGUCUUUAGCCAUUUUGAUCACAUCGCUGGAGUUUACACAUGGCGAUCGUACGGCGGGAGAGCAGGAAUGGCCGGUGCCUUACAGGCGAUUUGAUCACCGUCCAGUAGUCGAUCCUUACUGCCAGGCUUUGUACCCGUUUUGCCCAACUGGAGACCGGGACGGUCGUAUUCCCCCUAUGAGGGAUUCGGAUAUAAUCGACAUAUUCCGACUUCAAGCUCCAGUGUGGGAGUUUAAAUACGGGGACCUCUUAGGAAAAUUUAGUAUUAUGCACGAUGCGAUUGGAUUCAGAAGCCAUGACAAGGAGAAAAACUACACGAUGGAGUGGUACGAGCUGUUUCAGUUGGGGAAUUGUACUUUCCCACACAUAAGACCGGAGCUUAGCGCCCCCUUCUGGUGUAACCAAGGAGCCGCCUGCUUCUUUGAGGGCAUUGACGACCUGCACUGGAUGCAGAAUGGGACGCUGGAGAAAGUGGGACAAAUGUCAGGUGGACAGUUCAAUGAUAUGGCUGAAUGGGUCAAGAAGGACAAUAAUACUGGGAUAUUCUACGAGACCUGGACUGUCCAGGCUGAGCCCAGUCCCAACUCCAAUGUGUGGUUUGAGUCCUAUGAUUGCUCUCAGUUUGUGCACCGCGUCUACAGGAAAUUGGCCCAGAUGGGUGUGAAGCUGUCUAGCGCCACCCAGACCAAUUAUACCAGGAUUUUUCUGUACAGCGGGGAGCCGACCUUUCUCGGAAAUGACAGUACAAUUUUUGGCAAUUCCUCCAAGGAAGGUCUGGCCGCAAGUAUCAGAAAGUUCUACUAUUUCUUUCGUCCACACCAGUCAUUCAAAGAAUUCAUCCUCAGUUUCUUUGAGCUUGUCGAAAAGGUUCUGUUGGAAAAGACCUUCUACUUGUUCUACAACUUUGAGUACUGGUACCUUCCAAUGAAGCCACCCUACAUCCACAUAACCUACGAAGAAGUUCCUCUGCCUUGAUGACCUUCUUGGACAAGACGUUUAAUGGCACUGUUUUUAUAAUGGGGGGCGCGGCCCUUAUGGAAGCCUGACUUUGAAAAGUAUUGAAUGUUCUUAAUGAAAAUCAGUUCAUUUUGUGUGAUUGGUUGCUAUAUAACGGUGAGAUUAGUGGUGGUGUUCACUAAUAUGUAACAAAAGUAAUUUUCUUACCAAAAUGUAUUUUAUUAGAAUAUGAGAAAUCAGAGUAUUUCUUCAAAUGUAUACAUUUGGAAUAUUUAUUAAAUUCAUUUUUUACUAA